AUGCUGGGAUGCGUGACUCGCCUCCGUCGGCUGGUACGUCUCCUCCCUCUGCAGACAUCCCUCCUCCUCCUGUUUCUAUUCUGCACUGUCAGCGUCUUCAUCUCGGCCUACUUCCUCUAUGGCGUCAAGCGGGAGCUGGAGCCAUCAGGAGGGGGCGUGUCGGGGGCAGAGGGGGCGUCGGCCGACUCGGACGACCUAAGGGUCACGCCGUCUCGACUUUUACCCUUGCGGAGCGUCUCAGGAGGGCCCGGAGUCGAUCCUGCAGGGGCCAGGACAGAUCCUGUAGUUUUGGUGUUUGUAGAAAGUCAGUAUUCUCAACUGGGUCAGGAGAUUGUGGCCAUUUUGGAGUCUGGCCGCUUCCAGUACCGGACAGAAAUAUCACCUGGAAAGGGGGACAUGCCCACAUUGACAGACAAGGAGAGAGGACGUUUCACACUGGUGAUUUAUGAGAACAUUCUCAAGUACGUUAACCUGGACGCGUGGAACAGAGAGCUGCUGGAUAAAUACUGUGUGGAAUACGGCGUCGGCAUCAUUGGCUUCUUCAAGGCCAAUGAGAACAGUCUGCUGAGUGCACAGCUGAAAGGAUUCCCUCUCUUUCUCCACUCCAACUUGGGUCUGAAGGACUGCACAGUCAACUCAAAGUCACCCCUGCUCUUUAUCACCCGAUCCGGGCAGCCGCUGCCUGGUCCGCUGCCUGGAGAUGACUGGACCGUAUUCCAAUCCAACCACUCGACUUACGAGCCAGUGUUGCUGGCCAAAACGCAAUCGGCUGAGAGCAUUCCUUCCAUGGGGCAGAAUGUUGCUCUACUUCCGUCGGUGGUGCAGGACUUGGGCCUUCACGAUGGCAUCCAGAGGGUCCUUUUUGGGAAUAACUUGGUCUUCUGGCUCCAUAAGUUGGUGUUUGUGGACGCCGUGGCCUUUCUUACUGGGAAGAGACUCUCGUUGUCCCUGGAGCGUUACAUCCUGGUAGACGUGGAUGACAUCUUUGUGGGAAAAGAGGGCACCCGCAUGAAGGUGCCUGAUGUAAAGGCCCUGCUGGAGACGCAGAGGGAGAUGCGCACCCAUGUUCCCAACUUCACCUUCAAUCUGGGCUUCUCAGGGAAAUUCUUUCACGCUGGAUCAGAUGAGGAGGAUCUGGGCGAUGACCUGCUGCUUUCCUAUGUAAAGGAGUUCUGGUGGUUUCCUCACAUGUGGAGCCACAUGCAGCCCCAUCUCUUCCACAACCAGUCUGUACUGGCUGAGCAGAUGCUGCUCAACAAAAAGUUUGCCAUGGAGCAUGGGAUCCCUAUCAACAUGGGCUAUGCUGUGGCACCACACCAUUCAGGGGUGUACCCUGUCCACUUGCAGCUGUACGAUGCCUGGAAGAAGGUUUGGAGCAUCAAGGUGACAAGCACCGAGGAAUAUCCGCACCUCAAGCCGGCCCGCUUUCGGCGAGGUUUCAUCCACAGUGGCAUUAGCGUGCUGCCCAGGCAGACGUGCGGCCUUUUCACACACACUAUCUUCUAUAAAGACUACCCAGGCAGCCCCAAUGAGCUUGACAAGCUCAUCAAUGGGGGAGAACUCUUCCUCACGGUUCUGCUGAACCCGAUCAGCAUCUUCAUGACCCAUUUGUCCAACUACGGGAACGACCGUCUUGGCCUGUACACUUUUAAAAGCUUGAUGAUGUUUGUCAAGACCUGGACAAAUCUAAAGAUGCAGACCCUCCCGCCUGUACAGUUGGCUCAGAAAUACUUUAGCCUUUUCCCCUCUGAGAGAGAUCCGCUCUGGCAGGAUCCAUGUGAGGACAAAAGGCACAAAGACAUCUGGUCGAAAGAGAAAACAUGUGACCGCUUCCCCAAGCUGCUUGUCAUUGGGCCUCAGAAGACAGGCACAACAGCGCUCUACCUGUUCCUUAGCAUGCACCCCGACUUGACGAGUAACUAUCCCAGCAAAGAGACCUUUGAGGAGAUCCAGUUCUUCAAUGGCCACAACUACCACAGAGGCAUCGAUUGGUAUAUGGAGUACUUCCCUCUGCCCUCCAAUGCGAGUUCAGACUACUACUUUGAGAAGAGUGCAAACUACUUUGAUUCUGAGGUGGCUGCUCAGAGGGCCGCAGCUCUCCUGCCCAAAGCCAAGAUCGUCACAAUCCUCAUCAACCCAGCCGACAGAGCGUACUCUUGGUACCAGCACCAAAGAGCCCACGAUGACCAGGUCGCAUUGAAAUACUCAUUCCACGAUGUCAUCACGGCCGGCCACGACAGUCCGGCCAAGCUGCGGGUUCUACAGAAUCGUUGUCUGAUGCCAGGGUGGUACGCCAUGCACCUGGAGCGCUGGCUUAACUACUACCACUCCAGCCAGCUGCUCGUCUUGGAUGGACAGAUACUGAAGACUGAGCCUGCCUCUGUUAUGGAUAAAAUCCAAAAGUUCUUAGGCUUAACUAAUAUCAUCAACUACCACAAGAUCCUAGCGUUUGACCCCAAGAAAGGUUUCUGGUGCCAGUUGCUGGAGGGCGGGAAGACAAAGUGUCUGGGGAAAAGCAAAGGCCGCAGAUAUCCUGACAUGGACCCUGAGUCUUUGGCGUUCCUCAGGGACUACUACAGGGAUCAUAACAUUGAGCUGUCCAAGCUGCUGUACAGAAUGGGCCAGCCGCUCCCUAGCUGGCUCAGAGAAGAGCUGGUCCACACCAGGUAG